GGCGGAGGUGGGUUGCCAUCGUUGCAGAGACAACCCAGUGAAUCGCCCUUUUUUUCCCCCCAACAAAAAAUAAAAAAAAGAAAGGCUGGGCGGCCGGCAUGCUGGAGGGGAGCGGGGAGGUGAUGAAGGAAGGGGUGCUGCAGAAGAGGAGCGAGGGACUCCUGCAGCUGUGGAAGAAGAAGCAUUGUGUCCUGACCGAGGAAGGUCUCCUGCUCCUCCGUCCCAGGGAAUACCUGGAGGCGUCCCGGCACCAAGCCAGCCAGAGCGGGGCCAGCGGCAGCGGAGCCAAGCAGCUCCGCUUCGGCGACAUGAAGACGGUGGACUGCGUGGAGAGGAAGGGCAAGUACGUGUACUUCACGGUGGUGAUGGCAGACAGGAGGGAGCUGGACUUUCGGUGCCCGCAGGACGCGGGCUGGAACGCCCUCAUCACCCUGGGCAUGGUGCAGUACCAGAACCGCCGGGCCAUGGAAGCAGUGCAGUCCAGCCGCCAGAAACUGGCGCAGCGGGGCAUCGGCGUGGGCAUCCACAACACGGCGUGAUGCCCCUGUAGAGGUUCGAAAAGGAGGGUACUUCACACCGCGCUGAAAUCUAGCACACAGGAAUGGAAAAUGGAAAGCAAAAUCUCUGUCCAUUGCAGAUAUCAGAUUAGUUUAUUAGAUGCUGGUGUGGCUUAAACUAUAAACCCAGCAGACUAAAUCGACAAGGAACAUUCAAUGAGUAUUCUCCAGGAAGAAGAUUUAAUGAAUUUCAUUACUGGGCAGAGUCAUGUGGAUGUUUUAACAUAAUUUAUAACCUAUUGUUUAUGUAUCUUCGAAGGGCAAAUGAUGCAGAAUGUGUAAUUAUAAAUUAUUGCCUUUGUUGAUUCUCCUAAUUUAUGAUGUUUUAAUUUAGUGCCUGAUGUUUUUGAAUGUAUGGGUUUUGUCAGAAUGGAGCCAGAGGACUAGAGCAGAAGCAGAGUGGUUUAGAUGAAAGUGAAUAGCCUCUUUAUUCUGUAACAGUGCAUAGAAUAGAAUGGGCCUAUAUUCUCUGGUUUAGAAGAACGAGCAGUGAUCUCAUUGUCAGGGCAUCUAAGAAUUUUAUAUUAUUCAUAGCAGAUGCCAAAAGGCUGUUUUGCCUGGUUGGUGAGUUUAGAAUUAGGGUCAUGGUCUCAAGAUAAAUGAGAUAGUGUGAAAUUCCUUCAUUCAGAGGAAUGAUAAUUUUCUGAGUCUUUAUUGCCCUUCAAUGGAGUGACUCAGGGGGCUGUUUCAGAGGGCAGAUUAUUGAAACACAGAACCCCAGCAAGCUGUGAUCAGUAUAUACCAAUGAAAUCAGGAAAUUUGGGUACUGGAUAGGAAAGGGGAGUUGAGUCAAGAGGAUUAGCAUGAUUUUGUUAAAUCGAUUGAGUGAGCGGAAGCAGCCUAUUCUCUAUAGUGCUUGUAUUAAGUCAUUCUACAAUGCACAGGGCAAGAUGGAAACUUAGACUUCUCAUAUUGUUUACUCAUUGUCCAGUUACAGAAUCUAAAUAUGAAAGAUUGUAGAGCUGCCAAGUACAAUGAUAGUUAUUUCUAUAUCAUGUAAAUAACUCUCACAUUUAUGAUUAAGUUCAGCGGAAGCUAUUUUCAAAAGCAGAAUACUGCAAAUGCUGGAAAUUUAAAAUAAAAAAGAAAUUGCUGGAAACACUCAGUAGGUCGGGCAGUAUAUAUGGAGAGAGGAAUGGAGUUAAGGUUUUUCAUCAGAGCCAUUUUUAUAUGGGCUCUGAUACAUUCCAUGAAUUGAUAAAUUGCUUCCGGCUGUUUUGGGAGUAUACAGAUUUUAUUUGGUUAUGUUUUAUAUCCAUUACUAAAAAUUUGUUUUGUUCACAUAUCAAGGAAUGUUCAGCCAUAUCUCUGCCUUUCGUUUUAUACUACGGCCUUUCUGGUUUAUAAAAUGCAGUUAUUAUUAGAUGAAUGCAGUGGUAUCAUGUAAAAGAAUUUUGCAUACAAUGAACAAGUUACAGUAAAGUUAUGUAACAGUGAACUUUUUCAUAAUCGUAGCCCAUCACUAAGAAUCAUCCAGGGGUUUUUAGGGUAAUUGUCUGAUACCUAUUUUAUGCUGUUCUAAGUGGGUUGCAUUUGUAAAUAUAACGCUAUAAUUUAAUAGAAGUCUCAAUAAGAAAAUAGUGCAGAUACAAUUCACUUGAGAUAGCAUUCAAUUAAUCAUUGAAAUGCAUGGACAGUCUGUAGUUGCAUGUUAUUUCUUUUCCCAAUCUCUUAAGCAUAUUAUAUAAAACUGGAAUGCAUAAAAAUAUGAUAUUGUUAAUAAUUUUAUCUCAGUAUAGCUUGGAAACAUUAUAUUAUUAUUGCAUCUAGGUUUUGCAUCUUCCAUACGGAUUUAUGCCUCUCUGGGGAUUGACAGAUAUUACUCGACAGGAUACUUUGCUUUAUUCAUUUACAGGAUGUGGGUUUCACUGCCAUCCCUAGUUAUUGUCCUUGAACUGAGCAGCCUGCUACGUUCUGCAGUUAAGAGUUAGCCGUGUCACUGUGGCAGGUAAGAUGACGGGUUUUCAUCCCUAAAAAGACAGCAGUGAACCAGAUCGGUUGAUGUGGCUAUCCAGUGUUUUGAUACUUGUCAUUUCUCUUCCUAUUUAACCGUAUUUAAAUUCCAGAGUUGAACUUCUCUCCAAAUCAUUCAGUCAGAUCUCUGAAUUACCAGUCCAGUAAAAUAACCAUUGCUGUACCUGGACGAUUGUGUGUGCCUUUAAUCUAAAACUAACUUCAAUUGUAAGUAAUAACCAACUAAGAUAACAUGAGAAACUAACAUUCCCUGCUAAACAAUGUUGACAAGUUACUGAUUUAAAAAUUUGAUUUUAUUCAUUUUCAUACACAAAUUUUUUAUUAUGAACCAUUAAUACUGAAGCAUUGCAACAAAGCUAUCGCACACAAGACCUGUUGAAUAUGGGCUCUUGCUGUGCGCAUAUUGGCUGUAGCAUUUAACUCAUGCCACUGCAGUGGACAA